UUUUGCAAUAACAAGCGUUUUAGGGUUCUGCUCUUAUCGAUCUUUCCCAACCAAGAAGAGCAGCCGCCGCAGAGCAAAGGGUUCAGAGAGGAAAUGGCAGCAAAAAGGAAGACCCCUGUUAAGACCCGAAACCCAGAUCUUAUACGUGGCGUAGGCAAGUAUUCCAGGUCUAAGAUGUACCACAAGCGUGGCCUUUGGGCUAUCAAGGCCAAACACGGUGGCGUCUUCCCCCGCCAUGACCCCAAGCCUAAAGCACCCGUCGCCCCCGAGAAGGCUCCCAAAUUUUACCCCGCUGAAGAUGUCAAGAAGCCGCUACUGAAUAAGCGCAAGCCUAAACCCACCAAGCUCAGAGCAAGCAUUACUCCAGGGACAGUCUUGAUUUUGUUGGCUGGAAGAUUUAUGGGGAAGAGAGUUGUUUUCUUGAAGCAACUUACUUCUGGGCUUCUUUUGGUUACUGGACCAUUCAAGAUUAAUGGUGUUCCUUUACGGCGUCUGAACCAAUCCUAUGUCAUUGCUACUUCCACCAAGGUUGAUAUCUCAGGAGUUAAUGUAGAGAAGUUUGAUGACAAGUACUUUGCCAAGGAAGUAGAAAAAAAGAAGAAGGGUGAAGGAGAGUUUUUCGAAGCUGAAAAAGAGGAUAAGAAGACAUUGCCAGAUGAGAAGAAAGAGGACCAGAAAGCUGUUGAUGCAUCUUUGAUAAAAUCAAUUGAGGGAGUCGUAAACUUGAAGGCAUACCUUGCUGCAAGAUUUUCUCUAAAGUCGGGCAUGAAACCUCAUGAGCUUGUUUUCUAGAGUGUAUGCUUUACUUUGGUAUUUGCUUCCUUUAUUUUUUGGUUUAGGGUUUCCAGUAUCAGAUGGUACGUUGGGCAAAAACCUCAAUUUGUGUUAACUCAGUUUUGUUAUGCAGUACUCUAGUUUUCCUUUUA